AAAGAAUUAUCCUUCAUCUUGUGAAGACGAUUCUGGAAUCUAUUAUCCAUGUAAUAGUAUACUAUGCACAAAUGGCUGAGAGCUCAAACCAAAGCAGCUCAGCAUCAACAGCAGAUCCUACUGAAGCCUUAGAUUUGAGUCUCACAGCUUCACCAUCAGUAGUGAAGCUAUUUGGUUUUCCUGUCACCCAAUGGGGCAGAAGCGCCCUUGGGGCGCACCAGAAUGCAGACAGCAAAAGAUUCGAGUGCCAAUACUGCCACCGCCAAUUUGCAAAUUCGCAAGCUUUAGGUGGGCAUCAGAAUGCACACAAGAAGGAGAGGCAAAGACUAAAAAGAGUGCAGUUCAUGAAUGAUCAAUAUCUUCCAAAAUUUGGAGACGCUAGUGCUAGUCAUGACACUAUGAUCAAUCAACAUGCAGCUCGAUCGGGACCUUUCUUGUAUUCCACAGCACCGCCUUGUGCUACAAGCAUCGGUCCAUACAUCGGCCCACACUUAGGGUCGUCGGCUGCUCAUCAGUACAGCUUCGCACACCCACCUCAGGUGCUAUCUGGGAUACCUAUUAGAUAUCCUUGUGCAACUAAUUACGUUGGAAGAUCAGAGCAAGCGGAGGUUAACCAUCUCCAACGCGCUACUGUAAGAUCCUCAAAAUCUUCAUCAGUGUCUGAGAUCAAUGAUGAAGUGGACGUUGAUCUCCAUCUAUAACUAGCACCAACAGGAGAUCGGUAGAAUUAUCUCUAUUCUGUGCUCUUGACGCCGUGGAACUAACCUCUAAAUCUCGUGGCAGGAUCCAAUUGUCAAGGACAUUAUUUUCAUAUCUCAUAACGAGAGCUCAAUUUUCUUCUCCUCUUCACAUCUAAAAGCUUUGUAAAGAAAGUAGAAUUGUCCUUGGUUUUUUCAGCUGGAUGGACAAGGAGAAGAACAAUUAAUGAGCUAAAUAAUGACUUAGCGAGUGUAACAUCCUUUUCAACCAUUGUAGCUAUAGUUACUUUUGGGGUCGUUAUUUGACAAUUCAGAUGCCUGUCUUGCUGUGGCAAAAAUUCUGAAUUUCACUAUGGAAACAUUCCUUACUUAGCA